AUGGCUCCGGUAUUACAUAAACGCAUAUUUUGUUUCAAUCACUACGAAUUAAAACCAGCCGGGAAGCUACCACAGCACGAGGAAAAGGAGAAGGAACUAGAAUGCCCUAGUUCCAUAAAAACGGGCGGUCGACCAACAUGCGGUCGGGUCUACAGGACCUUCGCGUUUGUCUUUCCGCACCGCACUCACCAACGAAGAGUUAAAAUCGCCUUCGACCGUGUGUCUCAUUCUUCGAUCCACGACGCUCUGAUCAUCAUCCGCAGCGUACAUUUUCUACGUACAUCCAUUUUUGUUAAUGUCACCGUUUUGGGCAAAUUUGAUGGCGCACUGAGUAGUUUGGUUGCAACCAGGGCAUCGCAUGAAAAGAUUAACAAAUAUGAUCGUGCUCUGUCCUCGUUGGAAUUUUUGCCUGUUUGCAUCGAGGUCCUUGGCCUGAUGGACAACAACACUUAA